CACCGUCCGCUAAUCGCCGCCGAGAAAUUGGCCGGAACUGCACGGUUAUUCACAUUUUUGACACAGUUUAAAUGAAGCUGUAUAUUCAAUUUCCGGUUACUGUAUAAUUUACUCCAAUUUUGCUCCACUAGUUUUAACUUCUAUCAGAGACAGUGUUUGUUGGCUGCAAUUUGAUACUGCUAAUUUUGCUAUGAAUUCGGAGAUGGAAGUCGGCAGCAAGAAAUUCACUGACAAAAAUAGAUGCUGGGAGCUGGAAAUGUCGUCAUCCUUCUGCCGCAGAAUAUACACGGAGGUCGAAGAGGUUGGAUGGGAGCACCUUGUGAAAUUGGGGGAAGAUCUGACAUUUAUUAGGUUCCGUAUCAUGGACAAUAAGAGGAGAGCGCAUAUUGUGGAGAUAACCCUGGAUAAGACCUAUCCAAUUCCAAGGUCUCCACCGGAUGUGCCUUAUAAUUCUCAUCUGGAAUGGUCAUCAAACUCGAGAUUAAGAGAUGCUGUCCAGCAGUUUCAGAGGCAUGUGGAUAAGCUCCAGGACUUUUGGCUGACUUUGGAUGACAUUGAUCGGUCUUUUUGCGUUAUUGAUCCAAAGCACUCGCACCUUGCAGUGUCGUAUCGCCAGAUAAAAAUAGGAAGUAAUUGCUGUAUUGUACUAUCUAUCAAUGUCGAUGAUCCAAGAUCCUUGCCAGAAUGUCGCUUCCUUGGUUCAGAUACGGAAGUCAACACUUUGAGAGAUAUUUGGAAGCAAAAUUGUAAGAAAUGGACAAGAGAAAAAUCAUGUCCUGAAAAUCUUCUGCAUAUAUUUGGCAAUCAGUUACCACAACCAUCACAUCUCCAAAAGAGUGAGGAGCAGGUUGAAUGUGGCAUUUGUUAUGCCCAAUACCUUCCGACAGAUGAUGAACUUGGUGCCAAGAGUGGAACUGCAACUGAUUAUUCAUGCGAAAAUGGGAGAUGCAAUCGAGCAUUCCACAGUGUUUGUCUUGGCGAUUGGCUCUGCUCUAUUACGACUACAAGGCAAUAAAGCAGCAACAAGAAAGUAAAUAACUUCAGUUUAAAGAGAAGAAACAAGAAAUAAACAAACAACACAUACACAUAACCAGGUAUGGUUUCAGAAUAUAGUUCUGCAUAGCAUCGAUUUAUAUUGCUAGAUCUCUGGAAUGAACCAUCAUCAUACUUUGUUUCUCUGAUAAUCUUAUUAUGCUAAUGUGCAUCUGCAUUUGAAUAUAGGUAAUUUGAUGUUCUGUUUGGGAACUGCCCUUAGUGUUCAGACCCCGUUGCAGUCAAACUCAGCAUGAAGAAGUAAAAUUUACUACUAUUACCGUAGAUGGCAAAACACUGGUUCCUAUCUUAAGGGGUGAAACCGUGAAAAUGUAGAGAAAUAUGUGAAGAAUAGUUCUAGUAUAUGCUCUUGUAAUCUAUGUCGGCCAUUGGAAAUGUGUGUUGAGAGAACAAAUCCCUAGUUUGCUUUAUUAUAUGGAAAAUGAUGAGUUUUGAUAUUG